AUGUGUAAUUUUCAAGGAAAAACGGCUCUGGUUAGGCAGAAUCCGAACUUGAACAAAUGGUUGAAGUCAAAGCUUGAACCGACUGGAGUUGUGCCCAUUUACCAAAUAGAAGACAGACAAAUAAUUGAGUUUGCAUUGAGUUUUAACGUGACCCUAAAAAUACUGGAAUGGAAUCACUCAAGCAGUGAUAGGUUCGACAUACAAUUAAACCCUCAAUUGGUCACUAAAAAAGAUAUACACCUGCGGAUGGAGUUUGUGAAUCCAUUCUGCUCCUCCUCUCUGGUGGUUGUGGUUCCUUGCGGCAGUUAUAUGAGUUUUCAGGAUGUUCUCCAGCAAUCCGGUGUCCAGAAGUGGAUUUUGUACAUUAUGGUUGUCUAUGUGAUAUUCGUGUUGAUUGAGACCUUCAUCCUCAAGGUAACCUGCCGGAUAUCCGGACAAGCAAGCCGCCAGACAAUCAACUUGUACGCCUUUCGGGCCAUUUUGGGUCUGUCAUUUCCGGAACCCCGAAGGUCAAGCCUUUCACUUCGCCAACUCUUUUUGGCCAUUGUCAUUUUUGGAAUGGUAUUCAGCAGCUUUAUAAACUGCAAGCUAAGUGCGAUGCUCACAAAGCCCUUUCACCGACCUCAAGUGACGAAUUUUGAGGAGCUGGCAGCCAGUGGAUUGAUUGUGGUCACGGAUGACUAUAUGGACUCCUUCAUCAAGAGCGAACUAGACGCGGAGUUUAUACAGAAAAUUAUGCCGAGGAGAAUUGUUUUGACCUUUAUCGAAAGAGUUAAGAUAAUGUUCUCAUCGGCCGACAGCUACGCCUACGUUAUGAUUGGUGAAAAGUGGGAGGUUUUUAAUAACUAUCAGAGAUCCCGGGGAGAAAGGGUCUACUGCACCUCCAAGGGCUUGACCGUCAUCGAUAAUUGGCCAAGAAUGCAUGUCUUGCAAAAUAACUCAAUAUUUCAGUGGCCCUUGAGCAGGUUUGUGAUGUUUAUCCAGGAGUCUGGAAUCACCGCUUACUGGCAAAAGGAUAUACCCCAACUUCUAGAAAAGAUGUUCAACAUCACCGUUUUUCAGAAAGCCCACAAAAGUGCAUUAUCAAUCGAUCAACUUAAAUGGGUAUGGUAUCUGCUUAUCCUGGGCUACACAUUGUCAGUACUGGUCUUUCUUGGCGAGAUCUUUUGGAAGAAGCGAUUAGAUAAUCUUAACUAG